AUGAAGGGGGAAAAAAACGGGACGGCGGUGGGCAAGCCAACUCUGAAUAGACAUCAUCCCAUCAUCCAAAGUGUAAAGCGAGAACGGCACAGACACAAUGCGGAAAUGCGCCGUGUCAAACAAAACCUUGCCAAAUUGGAAGCAGAGCAGGAUCACUUAUGGGUGGAAAACGAGCAGCUCAAAACUCUGUUAAAUCACUUACCCGACGAUAGUUCUUUAGAUCAGUACGUUGCACGCAUCGCCGAAUUAGAAAAACAGAAUGAUGCCCUCGAAGAUGAAGUCCACAAGUUACAGGGUCUGUCUGACGACGAUCUCAAGGAGUUACGGGCUAAGAAUUUUCCCACACACGCCCGUAAUAGUAUAACACGGGAGGACCUUGCUCUUGAAUACAGAAACUUCGUAGAUGAAAUUAUAAAUCUCGUAUACCAGUGGGUGCAACCCCUAUUAGCAGACGAGAAACGCGCUGCGGAGAUUAUCCAAGCCGCCCAACGAGACGGGACCGCUAAGGAAUUCAUCAAUUGGAUGGAAGCGUACCCGGACAUCGCCAGGCUCUCGUCUUAUAACAUAUCAACCGAAUAUGUGAUCCUAGCCGUCAUCAUGCGAUGGCUAGAAAUCGGCAUCUUCUCGGCGGAGGUAUGCGGCAUGGCCCAAGCGACUCUUACCACGCUGGAGCACAUCGAAGACUCCCUUUACCAUCACGUCGAGCCAAAACCGCCGUCCAUCGAGAUCAGGAGAUGGCGCCAAAAUACAAAUUACGCUCUAAUACAGCAUCCCGAAUACAAGGCCAUGCGCAACGCCCACGAGCAAGAACUAGCGAGUAACCUGCAGAAAGUAUUAUGCUUCCUACCCGGCGCCAACGAAGCCGGCAUGCUCGACCGCAUCCGCGACACGAUAGUCUUCCGCGCGCUCGAGAUCAACGAGCUGUUCGUCACCUCGGUCGACCACUUCCAGCUCCAGACAUGGGAAUUCCUCCCGGGAACCAGCGGAGCCGAAGUCACGUCCGCCGCGGGCCUAUACGAGGAGCGGGAAUGGUUCGAGCUCGAGGACCCGCUUGACAAUUCCAACAAGGUUGAAAUCACGGAUAAGAGCCUCGACGAGACCAGACGGAGGCUUGAUCCCGUCUGUACCGUCAUCCCUGCGAUCGUGCAGAGAAGGGCGGAGAACCCCGAUGAUGUUACGCUGUGCUGCAAAGCGUAUAUUGUUGCCGCGUGGGGGUUGCCGAAGACGAGGGAGAGGAAGUGGAAUGAGCAGGUGCCGAGCUUUUUGAAUGCGUUGUUGUCGUCGGACUAG